AUGGAUUCAUCUCAGUUAUCCCUUAAGUUGCACCCAAAACCAAUAAACAUAUUUUAUGUGUGGUACCCCGAAUUAUGUCGCCGUAUGAAUUGCAUACCUGCAAGAGUCAUAAAACUGUCAAAGCCUAAAUGUCGAACUAUACUCGAAUUUAAUGGGGAUCGCUUGAAGAUAGAUGAAUGGAUUCCAAUAGUGAACGCCCUCCGUACUGAUACAAGUCUUCAUGCUAUCUGCAUCAAAAGUAGGUUAAGUAAUUGUCCCGUUUUACAUGAUAUUGAGACUGAGGAAAAGGCAAAAAACAUGAAAAGACGAUACGGGUCGCUGUAUACUGCGUUUGUAUUAAGCCAACUUGUUAAAUCAAUUUCAUCUUCAAUAAAACGAACGGACGUUCUUACAUUUUUAGAACUGGACGGUCUACCGAUGCUCCCACAAUAUUUGGAGCCUCUAAUGCAAGCUUUAAAGAAAAAUAAAUCGGUGAGACAUCUUUCAUUUGCUAAUUGCGCUCUUAGAGAUUCCGGAUGUGACAUGGUGUGUCAAUAUUUACGAUAUAUACCUAAUAUUGAAGUUAUUAAUCUUUCCGGAUGCAAUUUAUGUUCAAAAAGUGGUGAAUAUUUGUCGAAAUUUAUUAAGUACCAACAAAUCAACAGAUAUUGUGAAAGUUGGCACAAUUCACUGAGAUAUGAGAACCCACAAAAAAAUAAUAUGAAAGGAAUUAAGCGAAUAACUAUUAAUUGCAAUGAUGAUUUUGGAGAUAAAGGUUGUCAGUACAUUUUGGAUGAACUAGAGGAUGACUUAUGGAUCAAAGCUUUAGAUCUACAACGCUGUGGAAUAACCGAAGAUUUAGCUAUCAAAAUUAUCGACAUUGUUCGUUGCAGCAAAUCGCUAGAAAUUUUCGAUUUGCGUCAAAACGAUCAAAUAAAUAUUAAGACAAUUGAAAAAAUUCGACAGGUGUUGGAAGAAAAACAAGAAUUUGGAUAUCAACCAGAAUUUCAGUGGUGUAGUUCAUCGUUAAGUUUAACUCCUAGUGCUUCUACUAUUUCGAAAUUGUCUGUUUCAACUCCAGUUCAUAAAACAAAAUCCGCUCCAAUCAAAAUGAACUGCAGACAAAUGAAUGGUAUACAAUUGGAUAUGGUACCAAGGAAAUCGAAAACAUUGGAGACCGUUUCGAAGCGAGAAGUCGGCGCAACCAUUAUUUCAGAUUUAAAUUUGAAAAUACAAUCUGAAAUUCAAAAAAGAAAGUUGUUAGAAAAGAAAAACGAAGAACUUCAACAACAAUUAAAUAAAUUACAAUCAACUAUUAAAUUUGCACCGCAACAAGGAAAAUGUCCGAAAAAACCACUCAAAAUUGUGGUGGAAUCCGUAGAUAGAAAAGCCAAAAAUUCAAAACCACUAACGAAAUCUGCAGUUCAAAAAGAAGUUAGGGACAAAAAAAAUGAGAUAGUACCUCUUAAUAAUAACACAAAGAGAGGCUUUAUCAAAAAUAAUGAAUAUAGAACAGAAUGUGUCAAAAAUGGAUACAAACAUGAAAAUGUGCCCAACGGAUGUUCUUCAGAAGUUAUCAAUAACGCUUCGAAAAUUUUCCAAAAUAUGUUAAUGAGCGAUAGCUUCGUCGAUUCUUCCAAUGAUUCUACGGAUUUAUUGGAAUAUAUAACCAACGAUAAAUCUCUUAAAAAUGAAACUGGUAAUGUAAGUGAAGUGUCGACAGAAAGUCUGCAGACUAUUUACCAAUUCAUUGCAGAAUUAGAAAAUAACUCUGGUAAAUACAAGACGAAAGAAAGACAACAAAACAUAGGAAAGAAAUAAACUUUUUCAUAGAUAAAUUAAAAUGUAAUAUUUAUUAGUAUAUCAAAAUGGGUGCCUUAUAAUAUUAUAUAUUUUUUAUAUAUAUAUAUAUAUAUAAUUAUACAAAAAUUAGUUUGUAGUUCAUGUUUCUUAUUUAAAUCAAAACGUGGUACGUACGUACAUAUAUCUUAGAUUAGAAAUGUUGAUGUUACCUCGAGUAAAUUUAACCACGAAAAUAUUCGAUCGAAUUCAAAUGUAUUACUCAGUAAAUUAAACUUGUGAAGAUUUACCAUUUAGACCACCAAAUAUUAACAAGACAAGACACUCUAUACAAAGUGUUUCCCAAUUUCAUUGUUAAGGGGGUAAUUCUAAAAUGACGAGUGGAUAAAUGUCAAACGUGUCCGUUCCUCCUUGCUCGCUUUGCGCAUGCUCUAGAACGUAACGUCUUCUGCGCGGUCAACGCUCGUCAAAUGUCAAACACCACAGGUAGAAACUUUGUACUUGAUUUUUUUCUUAAUCAUCAAACAAUUUGCGUUAAUAUUUACGUGUAAAUAUAUUUUGUGUUGAUAGGUAAAUCACUGAAGUAAGUAAAAUGUGUAAUAUCUUCAUAUACGUUUAUUACUUAACUAAAAUAAUAAUUUUUAUAACCUCAAAGUAGAUUAUGGAGAGUAAUAAUAAAGAACUGAAUUAUUUAUUAUGGAAAGUAAAAAUGAAGAAUUGAAGACUGGAUUAUUUAAUUGUUAAAUGUUAUACGUACUUUUCUACGUAUUACAGAUUUCUAUGUACAUAUAAUUACAAAUUCAAUAUCUAAUUAAUAAAUACACAUUUUCCAAAUCUAUUUUCUUGGUUAAUGUUGAGUUAUGUGAAAAUAUUUUGUAUUCCAAUAUUUUUGUAUGUAAGUUUUCAUUCAUUGGCUAUACUACUUUAAUGAUAGUCUGGAAAAAUAGUUACUUUAAGGAAAAGUUACUUAUUGUAACAAUUUAUACAUUUUGAAAUAAAAAAAUAAAUUUAUUGUAUGGGAAUGUUGUCAAUGUAUUAGUAAUAUAAAAAGAGAACAAUUUGAAUUAAUUUUAGAAAAAAAUAGUGAAUAGAACAAAAGUCCAUCAACAUUUUAUCGGAAAAAUUUUCUGAACAAAUAUCAAUUUUUGGUUUUUAAUGAAAUAAAACUAAACACUAACUAAUUCAAAUCCAAUUUUCUGAAGUUUCUUGUAAUCGAAGUAUGUUAUAAUAUAUAAUAAAUAAUAUGCAAAAAAUAGAUUAGAACAAAGCUCAAUUUGAACUUUUUUCAAGUAAAUUUCAAUUUCACGAAAAUGUUUUACACUUUGAAUGAACACUCUAUCGACAUGAAAUUAAUUCAUCAAUAAUAAUAAUAUUCUACCAAUCUUUAUAUUUAAUACAUUAAGGUUUUUUCGUCUCAGCUAACUCCUCCUAGACUAUUGACAUUAGAAAGUCAAGUGGGGGUAUCGUUGGAAAGGGUUAAGUCUCAGGGGUGGCCAGAAGCAAUUUUUUUUGAUAUCUUCAGUGGUUCUCGAGAUAUGAGGGGUCAAAGGGGAGAAAAUGGUACAUUCUAAAACCCCACGUCGCUUCGUAGAGAAAAGUGCAUAAAUAUAUCGAUUGUUUUCAUUUGCUGGGGUGAGAACAAUUCUUUUGUAAAUUAAAAUAAGCAUUUACUUGUUCAUAUGGUCCUACUUUUCUUUCGUUUCUUUGUAAGCAUUUUUAUAUUUUAAUUCGAAUUUCGCGCUCUAGAAAGGGAAUUUUGAGAGGUUAGGUUGGUAACGCUGAUCCAGACUGGCGUCAGACAGAUGUAAACGCAAUAUAAAAAAAGAUCAUUUAGAAAAUUUUUUUUUUGAAUUUAUUCUGGCCAUCCAAGAAAGAAGUUUAUAUCUUAAACUCUUUUAGUACGAAAAAGAAUGUUUUCUCGAUUUUUUUUUCCAUAUUAACCCAACAACGAUAACAGUUUUUUCUAUAUGAAUAUCAAAAUUAUUCCAUCUGACAAAUAUUUGAAAAAUUUUGACAGAUGACAUGUGAAAACUAAUAAUAUAACCAAUGUAACUGUGAAAAGUCACAUUUUUGUAGAUGCAGAUAAAAAUUAAUUCACACAUUUUGAUCAUAUCUCGUACUUGGUCUCGGUAUAGGUGUCGUUUUAGAAAACGAGACCAUAAAGUUGUCGGCUUUGGAUGAAUCUCUAGAAUUAUAUGAUGACACAUUUUGCCGCUUAAAGUCAACGAUUUUUUGAAAAUAUAGUUGACAUUGAGCUGAGUAGAAUGUAAUUUCAAUUCGUGCUAUAAUUCAAUCGCAAUCAUCUACUUACUGAAAUCAAGAGAGAAAUGAAACUGUCAAAAAACU